CGACAUCAAAAUAGACAUCCAUACACCAUUCGAUAGAGAAUUUCAAGGGCUACAUUUUGCACUAGUUACAUUAAAGAAAUGAGCCACUUUAAUUUUUCGCCUAAUGUCCGCCUGGAUGCCCACUGUGUGAGUGGUGCGCAUUCUGCGGUUCUGCUCGUAUUUAGCGGGUUCUAAAAGCAAUUUGAACUUUAAAUAGACCAAAUUGUAUUUUUUAUACUCAGUUUUACAUGGAGAAUCAGAAAAAUAUAUCUUUAGAAUUUUAGAAAAAGAAUAAACAUGAAAAUUUUGCUUAUUUUUCAAAAUUCCACUUAUUUUUGACUCGUUUCAAAAAAUCAAUAUUUUAAAAUUUUUGUAUUGGAAAGGCCUUUUAGAAAACUAAAAAUGGUAGGUAACUCGAUCCAACCAUGACAAAAGAAAUCCUCCUGAACUUUUUAAUUGCCGGCACAUACGAACAACCAGUUGCUUAAGUAGUCCGUCUUACUUUAAAUUACAAGAGAGGUGGUACUUUCUAUUGUAAAAUAAGCUACAAUGAGUACCACUUUUACUAAUAUAGGCUUAAAACUAAGGGUACAGUACCCGCUUUUAUAAGACGAUUAACAUACUGAUAUCACAUUUCUUGUCGUUCUUUACUUGAUUACGCAACAUCUCUUACCGUACAGUCCCCAUGUUUAUGACUCUCAGAUAUAUAUCUAGCAUUUGAAGUGCUGCAAAGUAUAUUAAAAAUGAGUUAUUGGCAGAGAAAUAGUAUUCAAGAUGUAAGACGAUAUGGUACAACAGUAAAUGUACCCAACAAUGAUGUAGCUAAAUGUAUGUAUUACUUGAAUUGUGUAUGCAAUGUCAUUGAAUAUGAUGAUGAUAAUAUUCAGCGGUAUAAAAACUAUGAAAAUUGGCGCAACCUUUCGGAUUAUGAAGAUUAUUUAGUAUUUAUUUUGUGCCUUACGCUCAGUCCUGACGAAUUUGAAGACAGAGUAUUCUUUCAGGAUGAUGAUUUAUGUGGCGAUAGUGCAAAUCAAUUUUAUGAAAUUGGUCAGGUUAGACAUCAUUUAGUUGCUGCACAAUCGAUUGUCAUUGCCGGUCAGACAAGACACGUCAAUAGAAUCAUGGCAUAUAAACAAUCAUGGAUGAAUAAUAAUUACACGCAGCCAAUGCUCAACUUAGCACGACGUUUUUCUCCUCAGCAACAACAAUCACUCCAAUGUGUUAUAUCAUAA